GGUGCAAGUAAAGUUUCUUUCUUCGUUUCCUUCUUUUCAUUCAUUCCUUUCGAAAGGUUCUUUUUCUCGCACACGAAAAGCGAGGUAUGUAUUUGAAGAUUCCUUUACCCCUACAAAAAAAGAAACGAUUAAUGAAAGCUCCGAUGAAGCGUAAGAGUGAAACGUCAAAGUAUCGUAAAUACCUACGUCAGAUGCGCGAGCGAUAGGAGUUCAUCAGCUGAUUCCUUCAAAAUGGCUGACGCGCUUGUGUUGGGAAAGGUAGCGGUGCGAUAUAAAUAGUGCUCUAUACGCGUAUUUUAGUUCUUCCAUUGGAAAAAAUGGCCACGCAACGCGCGCUUCCGCAAAGUAAAGAAGCUUUAUUGAAAUCGUACAUGACAAGGCUGAAGGACGACGUGAAGUCGAUGCUAGAAAAUUUCGAAGAAAUAAUUAAACUCGCAAAAGGAGAAAAUGACUCACAACUAUCUCGGAUGACCCAAUGUGAACAAGACACAUAUGAAAUGCAAGUUAGAGCAUCCAAUAUUGUGCGCGCUGGUGAAUCAUUAAUGAAGCUAGUCUCCGAUAUAAAACAGUAUUUAAUCUUGAAUGAUUUCCCUUCUGUAAAUGAUGCCAUAAUACAAAAUGGCAAGUUAUUUAGAACUAAACAAGUGGAAUGUGAUCAAAAGUUAGCAUCUCUGAGGGACGAUAUGGCUGCGGAUUUAUAUGAUCUGGAAGAAGAAUAUUAUACCUCGAUAUAUAAAUAACAUUAGUCUUGAAUAUUAUAAUAUAUAUAAGAUUGUGUUAUAAUUUGAAUCAUGAUUUGUUAAAAACGUGAUUUAUCAAUUUGUACAGAUAAAAUAAUUAAUGUCUUAACUCAUGAAUUUA